AUGUCCCCAUCAUCUCUGGUGUCCCCGUCAUCCCUGGUGUCCCCCAUUCCUGGUGUCCCCAUCAUCCUUAGUGUCUUCAUCCCCGGUGUCCACCAUGUCCCCAUCAUCCCUGGCGUCCCCCUCAUCCCUGUUAGCUCCAUCCCCGUUAUCUCCAUCCCUGAUGUCGCCAUCCCCGGCUCGUCCAUCCCUGAGGAGCUGGUCAGCGUGGAGGUGACGCUCUCGGAGCCCUGCGGGACACGGGGGGACGUCGGGGACAACGCGGGGGUCCCAUCCACCCCCAACACCUUCUGCAUCACCAUCCCCGAGGGCACCAGCGCCUGCCAGGACUUGGCGGCCGUCCGACGGGCGCUUGGGGGGCUGCGGGACAGCGUGGUGGGCGCCGGGGAGGACUCCAACACCGUCACUGCCGCGUCCGGGUGUCCCGAGGAGGACUCGCACCCCGUUUCCCGUGGGUUGGGGUGUACCGGGGACGCCCCCGGUGCUGAUAACGCUGUCUGGGGUGACGGGGAGGACUCCAACGCCGUCACCGGUGUGUUCAGGUGUCCCAGAGACGCCUGUAGCGCUGACAAUGCGGUCUGGGGUGUCGAGGGGGACCCCAACGCCGUCUCCAUUGCAUCCAGGUGUCCCACAGACACCUCCACCGCCUGUAACGUGGUUGGUGGUGCCAAGGAGUCCUCCAACACUGUCUCCAUCCCAUCCAGGUGUCCCACAGACUUCUCCUCCACCUGUAGCGGUGGUGGUGAUGCCAAAGAGUCCUCCAACACUGCCUCCAUCGUGUCUAGCUGUUGUAUAGACACCUCUGCCGCCUGUAACGUGGUUGGUGGUGCGGUAGAGUCCUCCAACACCAUCUCCACUGCGUCCAGGCGUCCCAUAGGCUUCUCCGCCUGUAACACUGGUGGUGCCAAAGAGUCCUCCAACACCGUCUCCAUCCCAUCCAGGUGUCCCAUAGACACCUCUGCCACCCGUAAUGCGGUUGGCGGUGCUGGUGAGUCCUCCGACACCGUCUCCACGGCGUCCGGCUGCGCCGGCGGCCCCUCGUCCGCCUGUAGGUCACCGGUGGCAGGGGGGUGCAGGCGCUGGUGGCCCAGGAGCUGCCGGCGCAGGCGGAAAGCCUUGGGGCAGAGCCCGCAGCGGUGCCGGCGGCGCUCGGCGUGGUCCUACGGCACCCUCUCCAAGCUGACCAUCCACCAGCGCGCCCACACUGGCGAACGUCCCUUCUCCUGCCCGGAUUGCCCCAAAUCCUUCGCCGACCCUUCCGUCUACCGCAAACACCGGCGCGGUCACGCCGGGCUGCGUCCCCACCGCUGCGGCGCCUGCCCCAAAGCCUACGCCGAGCGCAAGGACCUCCGCAACCACCAGCGCAGCCACACGGGCGAGCGGCCCUUCCUCUGCGCCGAGUGCGGCAAGAGCUUCGGCCGUUCCUCCUCCCUCGCCUGCCACCAGCGCAUCCACGCCCCCCGCAAGCCCUACGCCUGCGGCACCUGCGGCAAGGCCUUCACCCAGCUCUCCUCCUUCCAGAGCCACCAGCGCGUCCACACCGGGGAGCGGCCCUACCUCUGCCCCCAGUGCGGGCGGAUGUUCUCCGACCCCUCCAGCUACCGCCGCCACCAGCGCGCCCACCAAGGCGUGAAGCCCUACGGCUGCGGGGAAUGCGGCAAAGCUUUCCGGCAGCCGGCGGAUCUGGCGGUGCACCGGCGGACCCAUACGGGCGAGCGGCCGUGGCGGUGCGGGGAGUGCGGGAAGGGUUUCGGGGAACGGGCGGCGCUGGGCAAGCACCGGCGGACGCACUCCGGCGAGAGGCCCUACGCCUGCGGGCGCUGCGGGAAGGGCUUCGGAGGGGCCUCGGGGCUGCGCAAGCACGAGAGGACGCACGGGAAGCAGGAGGCGGGAGACGGGGACAGCACGGCCGCCGGCGGGGCCGCGGACAUGGCCGCCGGGGUAUUUCCCCACCCUGCUAUCGCCCAAUGA